GAGAGAGAGAGAGAGAGAGAGAGAGAGAGAGAGAGAGAGAUUCAAGCCGGAGGACCAGCAAACUUAUUUAUUUUUGGGAGAAGAUGGACGCUGUUUCCCCAGUUAAAUGAAACCCAAUAGCUAAUGUGACUUCGAUGCAGGAAAAUGUAAUUAGCAUAUAAAGGACUAAACUUUUCACCUAGAAUUUCUUGUCCUGAUUGGACUGAGGCAUAUUCACGAUGCUUCAGAAGAGCUUCACUUUUUUGCUUCACCCAUCGAGAAGGAAGAUGAGGAUUGUUCUCAUCAGCAUCAAAUGUAUUCCAUACAUUAUUGCCGCUGCCACGGGAUACAUUAUUGCUGCUCUGGGUGCUAGUGGUUGCAACAUAACGCCGUUCGAAGUUCUUCUCAGCGGUCCCUUGCCUGGCGACGACCCAAGACUGCUGUCCUUUAUCAAGUCAAGCCUUCUGGUCCCGCCCUCGACCGAGCCCUACAACCUGAAGAUCCUGGAAACCUCCAAGCCCUCCAACGUGAACUACAACUCGUACCUGAAAUCCUCUGUGGGGUUCCCGCCCCUCCACAGGGUCAUCACGCAAAUUUUAGGAGGCAGACCUCCGGGCUUUUUCGUGGAGGCUGGAGCACUCGAUGGGGAGUGGCUCUCCAACACCUUACACUUGGAGAAGGACAAAGGGUGGCAGGGCCUUCUAGUGGAGCCCGACAGGAAAAUGUUCGCUCACCUCCUCCAGAAGAAUCGGAGGGCAUGGUCGGCUAAUUGCUGUCUGUCCAUCAAAGAUUAUCCUGUUAAGGAAGCCCUUGUUAGCAUAUCGAACCCGAAAGGUUCCGGCGACGACGUGGGAUACCGCGCCAUGAAUACCCUCUCUCAUCAGGCAUAG